AUGCCUGAAAAAGAGAGCAAACCUCCCGGCACGAAGCAGACCGCCGGGUCUCAAAAAUUUGCCUCAUCAUCUCGACUUCAUCCACCAUUACUAUCCAACCCAAAGCCCUCUAGCUCUCACCACCCCGCUCAAGACAAAAAUCCCGGAAAGAUCAUUACGCAAGAUGGCCAGGUCGGCGACAUGACCCGGACUCACAUGGAAGGUAUGGUCCCUAUGACCGGGUACGAAAAGACUACGAUAGAAGGAAAGGGCUCUUGCGACCCUGCUGAUAAAGAGCCGCAAUCUUGCGAGCGCUCUACGCCCGUGACCGUCUUGAAGAUCGGUCGCGCGACGGAUGAGGAAGAACGACAUAACCCUGGCAGUUUUCCAAAACCUCUUUCGAAGUCCAAAACUCAGCAACUAUCGAGAAUGCCUACAGUUAUGGGGGAUAGAGCCGGGUCUGCCCAAACACCUCAGCGUCUGAGCUCGAAGGCUGACCGGUCCUCGAAGGAUCCGAAAUCCGCGGAGGGAGACGGUUCCGUUAAAGUGAAGGAAACCCCUAAAGGUCCUUCGAAAUCCACACCCAUUCUACAAUCAAAAAACCAUAAGGAUGGGGAACACCCUUCCAAAGAUCAUCCAAUCUCAAAAGGCCUCCAACCGCCACCGGUAGAAAGCCUCAAGCCCCCAAAGCUGCCCCAAUCAGCCAAAGCUCCUCCAAACCCAAAGACACACGCACCUCAAAGCGCGGCGACACCUGUCGAGAAUGUCGCGCCCCCCAGCUCUCCCCCAGCACCAAAACCCAUCUCCACAGCCCCGCCCCGCAUCAAAAGCGUCCUAGUCUCCGCCGCCGACCGCAAGAUGGCCAGCUUCCAAACCAAGAUCGCCACCCUGCCCCCCCCACAGCGCAAAACCCAAGAGACCUGGGCUCAGAGCAUCAUCGCUCAGACAUCCCAGUGCCCGCAGGACUUCAGGUGGGAGCGUCGCGACGACCACGCCGGCUACCAGUGCGCCGGCCGGAAUCACUUCGUGUCCGACGAGCUGGUCGCCGAGGGGAAGGGCGGCGUCUACUUCCUCCCCACGGAGUCGCGGUCCGCGCCGGGCAGCUUGAGCUUGAGAUGGGGCCCGUACUACCCAGACCGGCCCCAGAGCGGGCGGUACCUGUGGCACGGAGCGGAGCCGAAGGCGGAUAGGGUGCUGGAUGGAUGGGUGAAGAGUGCGAGUGGCGAGACGCGGUGCUUCUACGAUACGAAGGCCGGACGCGUGUACGGCCCGCCGAAGACGUUCAUUCGACCGGACAGGGAUCUGGGGGGCCGGACUGAGGCAGAGGAGUUUCGGCGUAUGGUGGCGAAGGAUUGGGAGGUGGAGCGUGCUGCUGCUUGGAGGGGGAGUAAGGGUGUCGCGGCUGGAGCUGGAGUGCCAUAUCCUGGAUCGAUUCGUGGUUCGGGUCGACUACAACCAGAUCGCGGACCGUCCGCAUCAGGGCUGCGUCCUUCUGCGCCAAAGGAAGUUUCGAAACCGGCAUCUAAACUCCCCAGUAAGCUAGGCGAACAGUGUGAAACCAAACACCACUGA